AUGUCAAUUAACGUCGUGGAGGCAAGCAUCGCCGACCUACAGCAAGCUCUCACCAAUGGCCUCACAACCAGCGUGGACCUGGUCGCCAUCUACUUACAACGCAUUUGCACGUACGACUGCAGAGGACCUUUCUUGAAUUCCAUUCCCAUCCUGAACCCUCAAGUAUUCGACGAGGCAAUCGCUUCUGAUGUCCGACGAGCCGCUGGCAAGCUUCGCGGUCCACUUGAUGGGAUCCCUUAUACUCUCAAAGACUCGAUGAUGUACAAAGGCAUGACAUGUUCAUCCGGGUCCCCAGCGUUCAAGGAUCUAGUCGCCAACAGCGAUAGCUUCGUUGCAGAGCAACUCCGAGGUGCUGGAGCUGUGUGUAUGGGAAGGACCAACACACCACCGAUGAUGCAGUCUGGUAUGCACAGAGGAGUCCAUGGUCGGGCGGAGAGUCCUUAUAAUCUGGAUUAUCUUACCGCUGCCUUCUCCUCUGGAUCUUCGAACGGCGCAGCAACAUCCACAGCAGCCUCGUUCGCUGCAUUCGGUCUUGGAUCAGAGACUGUGUCGUCAGGCAGAUCUCCAGCUUCCAACAACGGCCUUGUAGCAUACACUCCAUCCAGGACUAUGAUUUCACCUCGAGGAACUUGGCCCCUCUACCCUACCUGCGAUGUACUUGUGCCCCUCACGAGGACCAUUGAAGACAUGCUUGCGAUUUUGGAUCUGCUUACUACGGCCGACCCAGGAGGGAAGGACUUUUGGCUCGAGCAGAAAUAUGUCAAUAUUCCAGCUAUACAUAAGCCAUCCUCUUUCCUGGAUCUGACAAAGUCUGGCCGCGGUUCGCUAAAAGGCAAACGAAUCGCUGUCCCGUCAAUGUUCAUUGGCGGCCAAGAUGCAAACGCGAAACCUUUCUUUGUCUGCCAAGAUGUCAUUGAUCUUUGGAAAAGAGCCAAGAGUGAUCUGGAAGAUGCUGGAGCAACUGUUGUCGAGACCGACUUUCCGCUGGUAUCGAACUAUGAAGACGAUUCAGCAAGUGGUAUACCAAACAAUGUCGUGGGCAUCGAGCCCGAAUGGAACACAAAGGAGCGCGGUGAACUCGUAGCAUACCUUUGGGACGACUUCCUGAAAGCCAAUGGUGAUCCUAACUAUCCCAGCUUAGCAACUGUUGACGGAGCAAACAUCUUUCCGCGGCCUAAAGGUUACAUCCCCGAGAAGUACAUUGAGGUCAAAAAUAUGAUCAACUAUCCCGGCCUCGUCGAGUCUGCUCGCAACCGCAAUGGUAAAAGCGUCUGGGAACUCGAGGGUAUGGCAGAGGCACUGCCGUCACUCGAGGCGCAACGAAAACGUGACUUGGAAGACUGGAUGGACCAGAAAGGUAUCGAUCUUGUGGUAUUCCCGGCGUGCGGCGACGUUGGCAAGGCUGAUGUCGACACCAAUGACGAGAGUGCUCAACAUGCGCUGCAGAAUGGCGUGAGAUACUCGACGGGCAAUCGAGCUAUCCGCCACAUGGGUGUGCCAACCUGCUCUGUGUCGAUGGGUGUUAUGAAGCACUCGAAUAUGCCUGUUAACCUUACCUUUGCUGGCAAACAUGGUAGCGACGUUGACCUUCUGCAGUAUGCGUACGACUUUGAGCAACGUACGAGAAGGAGGGUUCCACCGCCGGUUACUCCGGCUCUGGAUCAUGGCCACAUCUCGAUCAAGCGUGAAUGCACUACUCCAGGUCAAGAUCUCACCCUCGAGGUCCAUUCUGCAAAGCGAGUCAGCGACAAUGAAGUAAGACUGGAAGGCACGACGAACAUUACCUCCUCGUUCGACGUCCAGAUAGAAGCUCGCAUUGACGGGCAGACUGUGCCAACGGGCCAGAUAGAACAUAAGGAAGGCCACUGGGUGCUCAAAGCUCAAUUCGCGCCUUACGCGCCACCCAAGGCAACAUACGGAGGAUAUGGAGAAGUCGUCGGCAACGUCGUCGUUGUUCUACUAGCACGAGGCGCGGGUCAAGUGGCUGGAAAGUUGGUCCUCAUCAGCCAAGAAGACGAUGUGAAAAGUUAA